AUGUCUGAGACCACAAAACCCGCUGCUCCCAGCCAGGCUGUGGAUGAGAAGGAGAAGGCGGCUCCUGCGCCAACUCCAUCCCUCGACCCCGCUCCUGUCGCAAACAGCAAGGGCGAGGAGCCCUCCCCAGAAGCCUUCAGGAUCAUUGUCUUCGACCAGGAGAACUUCCAGGGCAGGCAGAUGGAGUUCACUGCCGAGUGCCUGAACCUGGCUGACCGUGGCUUCGACCGGGUGCGCAGUGUCAUUGUCACCUCUGGACCCUGGGUGGCCUACGAGCAGGCCAACAUGCGUGGGGAGAUGUUCAUCCUGGAGAAGGGCGAGUACCCUCGCUGGGACACCUGGUCCAGCAGCUACCGGAGCGACUGCUUCAUGUCCAUGCGUCCCAUCAAAAUGGAGGCUGAGGACCACAAAAUCUCCCUCUAUGAGUCUGCUGACUUCAAGGGCAACAAGAUGGAAAUCCAGGAGGAUGAUGUGCCCAGCCUCUGGGCUUACGGCUUCUGCGACCGCGUGGGCAGCGUGCAGGUGCCCAGUGGAACUUGGGUCGGGUACCAGUACCCUGGCUACAGAGGCUACCAGUACCUCUUUGAGACCGGAGACUUCCGACACUGGAAUGAGUGGUCUGCCUUCCAGCCCCAGAUCCAGUCCAUCCGCCGCAUCCGGGACAUGCAGUGGGACCAGAAGAGCACCUUUGUCACUCCCGACGCGCCCUCCGACUGA